AAACAAAUAAGCUUGUCCACCACGACCAGUACUGGUCCUUUACAUCCUGCACUCGCACACGGGUCCUCUUUACCUACGAAAGGCCCAUCAUUCAUUAUUUCUGGAACUUGACAUUCUUCGUCGCCAACAUGCUUUCCAUUCCGGUCUUUACUAUUCUAAUCUCAAUACUCGCCAAUUGCGUCUUCUGCAAGACCAAAUUCCUUCGUCCUCCAGAAUGGAAUCCUGAUGUAGACGGGAAAGACGGAUUAGAAAAGAACAAAAGAUACAAAGUCGGAGACAAGAUCCAGCUCCUUUGGGAAACCGAUCUCGAAGAUCUUGAACUUUACGUGGUGCAAAAGCUGCCUAGAUCGGUUGUGCCAAGACUAUUGGACCCGUCCCUCACCGAGUGGACAGCUCAGUGGGAUAUUGCUGGUUCCACGACGAAUAACGAAGACUCGGUCUACUCUUUUACUUUGAUUAAUUCCGACCAUGUUUUCGCAACGCAACGUUUUAAUAGCAUGUCUUCUCAACAAGAGCAAACAUCCACUACGCACCCCAUCUCUACAUCUACGACUACAGAUCAGCGCUCGAACGAAGAGGAGAUUUCAGAUGCGGGUCCGGAUUACGACUCUGGAAUGUCCCGGGGCGAAGUUGCGGGGGCAGCUGUUGGUGGAACCAUUGGCGGUCUCUUGCUUCUUGGUGCUGUGGGAUGGUUAGUCUGGAGACGUUUAGCAAAGAUCAAAAAGGACACAGACGUCUCAGUGGUUACUCAGAGUCAGCAACAGCAAUUUCACUCCUCCGAGCUGAAGGCUGAGCUACCCGGCGACCCGGCGGUGGAGGCUUAUCAAUCAGGUUAUGCUAGAAGUCCUCCGGGACUCGGGUUUUCUGUCUGUAUUUUACGUGUACGGCUGCGCCCUUCCGAUGUCGUCGGUUGCAUUAUUGCUACGUUCGCCUGUCUGGCAGCUUGUGAUUCGAAAUUUAUACGGCCUCCACAAUGGGACCCAAAUCAGGGUGUCGAUCGAGACUUGGGCAAGAACAUACGCUACAGCGACAGCGAGAACGUCUCGAUCACUUUCGAGUCAGACGACCCUAGGGUCGACCUCUGGAAGGCCGAAUAUGACAUGGGGCACUAUUUGAGACAUGGCGAAGACUCUGUUUUCUGGUUUGGAAUAUACAAAUCGGGUGAUCAGAGGAUGCCAUUGGCAGAGUCCCAAUACAUAAACGUCACCGCUCCGGAUUCUGGUCGGCUCCAUACCGUCGCAGUCUCGGAAACAGUAACCUCUCUACAAGAGUCAGCCACCUUGCAACUACCACCACAAUCCACCACCCAAUCCGCUCCUGAUUCUGCAGCAACCGAGAUACCCUCCAGCCAAGAAAGAAAAGCGAAUACUGGGCUCAGUGCGAGGUCUGGAUUGACAACUACUGAGAUAGUAGGUGUCUCCGUCGGUGCAACACUUGGCGGCAUCGUGAUUCUCGGCGGCAUCGGGUGGUUGGGCUCGAGAAUAUUAGCAAGGCGCGAAAGUCUAGAUAGACCCGGCGCGCAGAACCAACAGCCAUACCGCUGGGUCCUCAAAGAGAGGGAACGCGCAGUGUACCUUUCUGUCCCUGCAAGAAGGAUAGGCACCAAGAUGAGUCUUUCAUUCACCACUCUCGACGUUUUCACCAACACAGCCUUUGAGGGCAAUCCCCUCGCGGUUGUAACGAUUCCCCCACCAAGCCAACAGGCUCCGCCCACCCAAUCUCAAAAGCAACGCAUCGCCCGCGAAUUCAACCUCUCUGAGACUGUCUUUGUUCAUGAUGUUGAAAAUCCCGCAGAAACAAAUGAAAGAAAGAUUGAUAUCUUUACCCCGAAAUUCGAAUUGCCAUUUGCGGGGCAUCCUACCAUUGGCACGGCCGUGUUUCUCCAAUCCCAGGGCGUCAAGACAAUGAUCGCAAAGGCUGGCCGAAUUGAUCUUGGAUUUGAACAGGAUGGCUCUGCACGGGCUUUAAUUCCAGAUGAUGUUAGACUUCACAAGGAGCGUGUGCCAAAGUCUGAAUGUGAGGCUGGUUCAGAUGAGAAACUCGCCCAAGUCGCUGCCGCUGAUGAGGGAGCACCGCUGUUUAGCAUCGUCAACGGAAUGACUUUCGCGCUCAUCGAACUACCAUCUCUGGAAUUGCUAGGCGCUGCGAAGAUUGGAGCCAUGGGUUAUAUUUCCGGUGACCUGCAAGAUGAUGGCUGGAAACAUGACUUUGACUCGAGGCGCUACUACUUCGUCCUUCUGAACAGUGAAAAGUCGUCUGAUGAAAAGAAGUUCAUACAGAAUCUUCGCACGAGGCUCGUCAAGCGUACUAUGGAAGACCCAGCCACGGGCAGUGCUGCGUGCGCUUUGUCGUGUUAUCUGGCGUUGCAUAAGCUUUCUGCGAACUCGAUCAGAUUUAAUAUCACGCAGGGUGUGGAGAUGGGGCGGGAGAGUCUUAUCGUGGUAGAUGUUGAGGUCGAGACGGAUGAUGCUGGGGAGCGAAAGGUUAAGACUGUUUAUCUGAGUGGAAAGGCGGUGGAGGUCAUGAAGGGGACUGUUAGGGUACCUCAGUGAAGGCAUCCACAGAAUUGAGGGCGAGCCUUGCUUUCCUCUACUGCACUCACCCGAUGCCCGGGCUACGCUGCGGAUAGCUGCUUGUACCCUUUGUUAUUGGAUUGCAGUUAUGGUAAAUCAAUCUAAAUUACGUCAUCUUGUC